AUGAAUCUUGCCAAGAACUUUAUUGCUUCGUUAUCCCAAAAAAAACCCCCGGAUUACCUUAGUAGGAUGCCUGAAUUGGCUAUGGCUGGAAUUUUGGAUCAUUGCGAUUUCCUGGAUGUUCAACGCCUAAGAAAAACGUGUCGCUACCUCCGUAACUUCAUUGAUGACGUUAAACCAGAUGCCAAGAUAAUCAAUAUGAAUAUCACACUGACCGACUUUUCGAUUUGUCUGGAAUUCCAGACAAGAUGCAAAUUUCAUCUGGAAUAUUACAACGAUCAAUAUAUAAUUAAUAGGAUAACCAAGAAAAAAAGAGUUCUGAAGCGUCAAAGUGCCCGACAGCGGUUUUUCAAAGAUAUCAUCUACAUUCUCAGUCAUCAGAAGUCGUCAUUCAUCAAUUUCAAUAUUGCAUUGAAUUUUUACCACCAACAGAUUAAUGCCAACGAGUUUUUGGGCGUUUUGAAUAUAAUUUUCAAGUCAAGACCACGCCCACUUUCCACCGAAACUCUUGGAUUACGAGUUUCCGAUGGAGAGAAUAUUCUAGCAAUCUUAUCUUGCUUGGAAGUGAAAAAUGUAUCAAUUCUCAACGCGAAUGGCUUUAGUACCUUGUUGGAUUUGGGUACUGUAGCGGAGUUGACGCAGUGGAAGCAAGCAAAACAAAUUGAGAUUCGACAUUUCCUGGUGGAUGGGGAUAUCUUUCGGAAAUGUUCAAAUCUUGAAAAAGCUUAUAUUCAAUUUGCGGAACUUCGAUUGGAGCAUGUUUUAUUGUUGAGAGAAACGUUCCUCAGCUCCCCAGCUGCUAAAUUCUUCCAUUUUGGGUUUCAUUCUUUCAUUGAACGGCACCAGCUGUUCGAGGCGCUAGGACCACCUAACUCGGAGACAAGUGCUGUCAAGAACUGGUUUUUUAGAAUACCAGGGAGCAAUGAGGGUGUAGCAGUGAGGCUAUUGAGUUAUUCAAUUGAUAUGACAAGAAUUACAAUGCCAAACAUGUGA